CCCAAACGGGAUAGGAGCCAGUGAGACAGUUAAAGAAAAAGGCUGAAGCCCCGAUUGCCUGGGCCCCUCUCUGGUUAAUCCCGUGAUUCUGGCCUCCCAGCCUCAGUUUUCAGGCUGGUGAUGUCCCUGGGCAUCGCUGAUAGACCCCUACGUGCACACACUCUCUGGGGCGUCCAGAAAUAGCUCCUAGCCAAGGCUGAGGGAUGGGCUCUCCGAAAUGGACCAGUAUUCAGAACACCAGGAGUGUACUGAAAUCGUCAUUUUAACUCACAGUUGAUCCAGACAUCUUUAGAUGGCUCAGGACGGAGGUGUAUGAGUCUCUUCACCCUGCUAGUAGAGGAUUUUGGAGUUAAAGGGGUGCAGGUUGAGGAGAUCUAUGAUCUACAAAGCAAAUGCCAGGGCCCAGUGUACGGGUUCAUCUUCCUCUUCAAAUGGAUCGAAGAGCGCCGGUCCCGCCGGAAGGUCUCCACCCUGGUGGAUGAGACAUCGGUGAUUGACGAUGAUAUCGUCAAUAAUAUGUUCUUUGCUCAUCAGCUGAUUCCCAAUUCCUGUGCCACCCAUGCCUUGUUGAGUGUCCUCCUGAACUGCAGCAAUGUGGACCUGGGACCGACGCUGAGUCGCAUGAAGGAUUUCACCAAGGGGUUCAGCCCAGAGAGUAAAGGCUAUGCCAUUGGGAAUGCUCCGGAGCUGGCCAAGGCCCAUAACAGCCAUGCCAGACCAGAGCCUCGGCACCUGCCGGAAAAGCAGAAUGGCAUCAGCGCUGUGCGGACCAUGGAGGCUUUUCACUUUGUCAGUUAUGUUCCCAUCAAGGGGCGGCUCUUCGAGCUGGACGGGCUGAAGGUCUAUCCCAUCGACCAUGGGCCUUGGGCUGAGGAUGAAGAGUGGACAGACAAAGCCAGGAGAGUGAUCAUGGAGCGAAUUGGCCUGGCCACAGCAGGGGAGCCGUACCAUGACAUCCGUUUCAACCUCAUGGCGGUGGUGCCCGACCGGAGGAUGAAAUACGAAUCUAAGCUGCACAUCCUGAAGAUGAACAGGCAGACUGUACUGGAGGCCCUGCAGCAGCUUAUCCGGGUAACUCAGCCGGAGCUGAUUCAGACCCAAAAGUCCCAGGAGUCUCAGCCGGCUGAGGAGUCCAAGCCGGCCAGCAGCAAGGCAUGUCUGGCACUGGAGACGAGCAGAGCACAGUUGGCCCCGGAGAGCUCACACCCAGAGAGCACUGAGGACUCCACUGGCCAGGGCCACCCUCCUGCCGCACAGAGUCUGCCCAACAAAUCCAAACUGGUAGCAAAGCCAUCUGGGAGCUGCAUCAACGGUGCUCCCACAAACCCCAAUCCCAUUGUGCAGAGACUCCCAGCCUUCUUGGAUAACCACAACUACGCCAAGUCGCCCAUGCAGGAAGAGGAGGACCUUGCAGCGGGAGUGGGCCGUAGCCGGGUUCCGGUCCGCCAGCACCAGCACUACUCCGAUGAUGAGGAUGACUAUGAUGACGAGGAGGAGGAGGAAGUUUGUAACACUGCCCCUGCCAUCAGGUAUAAGAGGAAGGGGCAGGGGAAGCAGGAGCUUGUGGCCGGGGCAGCAGACAGCCAGCUCUCCAUCCUCCAGCCCAACACCAUCAACGUUCUGGCGGAGAAGCUCAAGGAGUCCCAGAAGGACCUUUCCAUCCCCCUCUCCAUCAAGACUGGGAGCGGGGGCGCCACCGUAGCCGUGGUUGCCCAUUCACAGCCCUCCCCCACGCCCAGCAACGAGAGCACGGACACUGCCUCGGAGAUCGGCAGCGCCUUCAACUCCCCGCUGCGCUCCCCCAUCCGCUCGGCUAACCCUACCCGGCCCUCCAGCCCUGUCACCUCCCACAUCUCCAAGGUGCUCUUUGGGGAGGAGGACAGCUUGCUGCGCGUGGACUGCAUGCGGUACAACCGGGCCGUGAGGGACCUGGGGCCUAUCAUCAGCACCGGCCUGCUGUGCCUCACCGAGGAAGGGGUGUUCUGCCCUCUUGCCAUCACAGACGAUGGGAAAAGCUCCCCUCUCUCCAGCAAGCAAAGAGAAGAGGCCCAAUCUGCUGUCAGAAUGGACGAGAGGGAUGCAAGCGAGCCAAGUGACAGCAAAGAGAAGGUUGCUCUCUGCAGGUCCAGCGAUCACCCUUGUGGGGAGAAGUAUUCUCCCAAAGAGCUGCUGGCGCUGCUGAAGUGCGUGGAAGCCGAGAUUGUGAACUAUGAGGCCUGCCUGAAGGAGGAGGUGGAGAAGAGGAAAAAAUUCAAGAUUGAUGACCAGAGAAGAACCCACAACUAUGAUGAAUUCAUCUGCACCUUUAUCUCCAUGCUGGCUCAGGAAGGAAUGCUGGCCAGCCUUGUGGAGCAGAACAUCUCUGUCCGCAGACGCCAAGGAGUCAGCAUUGGGCGUCUCCACAAGCAGAGGAAGCCGGAUCGCCGGAAACGCUCCCGCCCAUAUAAAGCCAAGCGCCAGUAGUGGCAUCCUUGUGGUCAAGAGGGGGAGCAGAACCAUGCGCCCACAUUGCUCAUGCUAGCUGGUGCUUGUAUCUACAAGCACUCGGCUGGACCAGUCGCCCUGUGCCCAGGGGAGAUGGACCCAACAAGAACCCUGGGACCGGGUCCUUUCUGUUCAUGUCCUCAGAGCUGUUUCAAAUGGAAUUUUUGGAUUUUAUCAGCCACAGCCUGGGCAUCCUGUGGAGUCUGGGAACGGGCACUCCCUGCAGCAGUGGAGGGCAGGUUCUAGUGUCACACUUGGAUCUACUAGACAAAAAUGUGCCAGGUUGCUCUGCAUAGUCCAUGGCAUUCUAGCCCAGGUCUGAUGGAAAUCAGCAAUCUGCUGAGGGAAAGGCAGCUGGAGUCGGUAUGAUGAUGCUGAUGAGUGUCUGUGCUGGCCCCAGCUGGCUAUGGCUCUUGGUUUCCAGCAUCCAGGCCUUCAGCUCCACACUGCUCUGGGACAUUGAUAUCAAUUUUCUAUUUCACAAAUGUUUAUUUUGUGGUUCUGACCAAUGUUGCCAGCGUCGUCCCGUGAGCACAGCUGGCUCCCUGAUGGCCUGUUCUGGGCCAUCUCUGGGCUGCAGUGACAUGCCUCUGGGCUGCUGCUGUCCUUGUGUUAGUCAUGGUGGGCUGCUCACCUCUGAGCAUGCCUCUGGGGGGUUAGCACUGGGUGUCGCUGUUUGUGGACCAUCACCUGGUGGGUGUGGUAGGAUUUCCCAUGCUUACCCACGGUCCCUUCUCUUGCUGGGUUGGCUUGGCCCACCCACCCUCCUUUGGGCAUGGGUUCCAGAUGCGGUGGAGAUCACUGCAGUCGCAUGCUUGUGCUGCUGGUGCUAGUUAGUCGGUGCAGCACUCAGACUAAGUGACUUCAUGGCAGGGCAACUGCUGGAGGACGCUCUAGUUCCUGAGAUGGUGUCAUUCCAUGCUCAGAUUAGGCCCUCGCUGCACCAUGCAUCAGCCCUGGGGGGAAGGGCUGCAGAGGCAGCAUUUGUUUAAUGGCCUUCCACUAACUUCAGUGCCUAACUCAAAACAAACCAUGAAGCAGCUGGGCAGGAAACCUUAGUGAAACUCAAUAAACCCCACCCCUCCUCCACGGUGUUUCUUCUCAGGCAGGGAGGUCGGGCCUUUGAAUGGCUGAUCCCUGCAACCCGUUUUAAAAAGGAGGCUGGGGUGGAGAGCUAGCUCUGCCCCAGUCACCGGAGGGAAGAAUUGCUGCUCUGCCUAUUUACAUCAUGUAGGUAAAUCAAACAGAAGCCAGUGUGCUGCAGCUUCCACCUCACAGGAGCUAGUGUCCACAGCUGCUCUCCCCUGGGCCCAAGGCUGGACUCUGGCUCAUGCCUGCCUGGGUUACCUUUUUAUACUGUCACAGCCUGACAGGUAGGCAGUCCUAUCCCCACACUGACCCUGUGAGCACUGCCGGACAGGGCUUUCUCCUCUCCAGUAGCAGCGUUCAGGCUUGAGUGCUGCGAACUGCCAGGCCAGCCAAAGCUGUUAAUGGCAUUUCAAGGGAAGGGUGGUGGUGCAGGUGAAAGCAGACCUGCCUCAGGGAAGAACUGGAUUCACAAAUACCCCGCUUUGUACAGAGCUUGACUGUCGAAUGAAACCAUUGCUGGUCUCUGGCUGCGUCUAACACCAUCUGCUGUAAAUAGCAGCCUGGUUGGAAAGAAUAAAGCUGUCCUAUAGCACAUGGCUGUUUUGGGGAGGGAUGGGUAACAGAGGCUGGGGGGUGCAGGCUGGGUACCUAGCACACUGUGCAGGGGAGCAUUUGGAUAAGCAGUCAGUGCAGCAGGUAGAGUAGCAGCAGACACACAAUAAUGGCACCUGGCCUAAGCUGCUCUAGUCAGUUACCAGCCCCUGCUGUGGGAACCAUGCGGCUCUCUGCAUUUCCUGGCCCUUGAUUUCAGCUGCUGCCUAGUUUAAACACUGGUGGGAGGGGAAGGGGGCACCUGAUUAGAAGAAACAAGUACGCUAUUGGUAAAACAGAACAGCUGCUUUAUUUAUGACAACGCAACAAGAGCUCCGAGAGGCAGGGGCAGCCGGAGCAGGGUUUAAUUGGCGGCCUCUUCUAGCCCUAGUUGACUGCACCAACCAAGCAGUGCAUACGAAGGCACAUUACAACAGUACCUUGGUGUGCAGACCCUUUGCUGCUAUGGCUUCCUAGAAGUCUAGCGCGCAGAUCAGGGCUACACCCCGUUUGAUCCAGUGCCUCUGGAGUUUACUGCUGGGGAUUUCCACCGCAAUCACAUAAUUGGUAGAAUGACCUGUUGUUGACAAUGUCCCUGUAAUGGAAACAGGUAAAGCUGUAUUAGAACACAAACCCAGGGCUGGUAAGUUUCUAUACAUGAAAAAAAUUCUCAUCCCUUUCACCCCCUGCUGUGACUCAUGGACAAGUGGGAACUGCUCUAGCAUCAAAGUUACUGCAGGAGCAUCCUGGUCUUGUACUAGUCUGCCUACAGUGGGGCUCCAGCCAGUCAUUUAGUAAUGUUUCUGCAGCUGAGCUGGGAACAUGCUGUCCUGUGUCGGUUUUUAUACAGCACUCAGCACGGUGCUGGUUAAGCAUCCUCCAGGAGUGCAUUAAGCAAUCUGAUGAUACAUCUAGCACAUACUGGUUCUCCUCUCCUGAGGGCUGAGCGGGAGAAGUGUAGGCAGGGGUGUGUCUUGCCUUGAAAGGUUUUUUAAAAUGUAAUAAAUAUAAAACAGAGCACCAGGUAUAUUUACUAGAGACAACACGGGCAAAGAAAUGCAUCUUGAGGGCUGGGAUGGUCUGUGGUUAAUGGAUAAGGUUCUGCUUGAUAAGAAAAUACUCCUGCUUGUUCUGUUAGCAUCACGCUAAUUGGUUCUGCCUGCAUAUUCUGGAGCACGUAUAAUAAAGCAGCCUUACCAAGGCUAUUCUUACACA